UGAAGGAGGAGUCGACUAGCUGAUGAGACGCGUCUGCCAAGCAAGCGGUUGUGGUCUGUGUCGCUCUUAAUCCAGCCGCCCCGGUCUCGCCCUAGCGGGUCUGGAGCUGAAGAGACAAGCGGAGACAGCCUCUACAAGCUUCCUUCUCCUGAUUCCUUCUCCUACCUUAGGUGGGCCUGACCCAUCCCUUGCAGGCCUUACCUUUGUGUGAAAUAUCUGCAGGUAAAAAUGGCAACAAAUAAGCCUAAAAGUCAAAAUUCUUUGGCUCUGCAUAAAGUAAUUAUGGUAGGCAGUGGGGGAGUAGGAAAAUCUGCAUUGACUUUACAAUUCAUGUAUGAUGAGUUUGUAGAAGAUUAUGAACCUACUAAAGCUGAUAGUUAUAGAAAAAGAGUGGUCCUGGAUGGAGAAGAAGUUCAGAUCGAUAUAUUGGAUACAGCAGGACAGGAAGAUUAUGCUGCAAUUCGUGAUAACUAUUUUCGAAGCGGAGAAGGUUUUCUCUGUGUAUUUUCAAUUACAGAGCUUGAAUCUUUUGCUGCUACAGCUGACUUCAGAGAGCAGAUUUUAAGAGUAAAGGAAGAUGAAAAUGUACCAUUUUUGCUUGUUGGCAACAAAUCGGAUUUAGAAGAUAGAAGACAGGUUUCCGUAGAAGAAGCAAAAAUUAGAGCUGAUCAGUGGAAUGUUAACUAUGUGGAAACAUCUGCUAAAACACGAGCUAAUGUUGACAAGGUAUUUUUUGACUUAAUGAGAGAAAUCAGAGCAAGAAAGAUGGAAGACAGCAAAGAAAAGAAUGGAAAAAAGAAAAGGAAAAGUCUAGCCAAGAGGAUCAGAGAAAGAUGUUGCAUUUUAUAAUCAAAGUUUCAAACUCUUUUCCUACUUCGACCAUAGUAAAAUCUAUUAACAUAGAGCAUGCUAUUUGGAGGCUGUUAUGGUGGAAAUCGCUCUUAAUAGUUGGAGAAUUCUAAUAUACCACUUAAAGCAUGGUUGGGACAACACUGAAAACCUUCAUUGAAAAAAAUAGUUUCAAGAAAAGCAGAAUUCAAUCCACAUAACUUGUUUUCUUUUACCAUGGUUCUUCUGAAUGUAGAGGAUUCUUUUCCCCCAUGGGCAGUUUCUUGAACUGUGAAUAAAAAAGCAUUACUUUUUAUGUUUCUUUAAAGCAUAUACUUUUAUAUCAAAUUUUUACUUUAUACGUUACUGCCUUGAAAAUUACAGUGGUGAUAAAAACUAAAUAUAGUAAAUAAGCUUUCCUUUUUGCUGUUAAAAAUUAUGCAAAUUAGAGAAGAAAAACUAUCUUCUCUGCUUCUAUUGGAAUCAUUUAUACAUGGACUUAGAUUAAUGGUAUAAACUUAUGACAAUAUUUGAAUAUGCCUUAAUUUAAACUGAGAAUUUAACAUAGUUAAGAGUAUAUCUUCCUUGCAAUGCAGUAAAUUGUAUGUAUACAUCAUUGUGAAAUAAUACCUUGUAAUGCAGUUUUUGAGCAUUUUUACUAGCCAACUAGCCAGUACAGUUGAUCAGAAAAAUGUGCCAUACUCUGGAUCUUGAAUUAUCCAGAAUGUACUGUGUUUCCUUGCUUUAGUGAAAAUUGCUUUAGUAAAAGUCAGCUGAUACAUUAAAUUUAAAAAUGAAGUGGGUGGCGCACAUUUCAAUUAGAAAUAUUAAUUCAGAGAUACUGACAUUUACUUUUGUAAGUACUUUAUGUUUGCCUAUUUGUGAAGGAUAUUUUCCUCAGGUAAGGUAGCACUAUGGAUUUCAAAAGCACAAAUAAGGUUCCAUUCUGAAAAAUAUGUAAGUUGUUAGAGUUUAUUUUUCUCUAUUCUAGGUUUAAGAACAUUUACUGUAUAAUGUUUAAUUGAAACGUACUCUUCUGGUUUAUAUCAGUCAGUUAACUAUCUUCCUUUGCAAUAUCAAAAUACUGAUUAUAUGCUUCCAAAAUUCUCAUUAAUAUAUUAAAAACAGAUUGUCUUCAGUUCUUUAUUGUAAGGAAUAUCACCACACUGCUAACGUGUAAGUGAUCUAAAGAUAAACCUCCAUCUCUGAGGCUUUUAGGAAUUUGGGGUUUCAAUAUAAAAGAUGACUUCCAAAAUGCUUUUUAAAUAUAUCUGUAAGCCUACAUCUGAACAAAAUAGGCAGCAUAUGUAUGUAAUUGCUAAGUGAUUUAUUGAUGUGACUAGAGAACAUUUGUUCAUCAAGAAAUUUUGUUUGUACAUCCUGCAAUAGAUGUUAUCAUGUGCAGAAUUAGUUCUUGAUGUGGCUGCUAAAGCAGAUUGGUCCUCAUUGUGUAUUUGUUUUAGCUGACUAACCAAGGGAGUUCAACCACUACCAUCCUAUUUGUGUAAUGGGAACCAAGGUGUUAUGAAGCCAAUGGACACAUAUAAUUGUCAUAGGUGGAUGCCUUACCAAACUUUUUAUUUGCUAUUUGAGCCAUUGAAUAAAGUU